AAAACAAGAAAAUGUCAACCAAUAAGCCAAGCGCUGCGACUGCAAGUCAGUCUACAAACUCAUCCAACAAUGCUGCCGCGCAAACGGCUGAACCAACAUCCGUUGAUGGCGGACUGGUCAACGACGCCGCAAAGCAACCACCGAACGAGGAUGCGCACCGGCAGGCAAUGGACAAGUACACUGCCAACAUUGAGCGCAUUGAGAAGCAAUUGAACGAGCUGGCGCAAGUCAUCGAGGCGCGUAAGGUGGAGAUGAGCAGAAAGCGCGACACGCUCAAGGAGGUGCGCGAUGCCAAACAGGCGCUGUACGAGCGAAAGACGGCGCUCGACGACCGGCUCAAGGCCAUUUUCGAGUACAUUCGCCAAAAAGACGGCGAGCUUUUGCUCUUGCGGAAAGACCUUGCCAUCCGCGACGCAAACGAAAUCGACACGGCGGUGCGAAACCUCGAGUACCAGCUUUCCCAUGGCUCGUUCAACAUGACCGAGGAACGACGCUUGUUUGCAGAGAUUGCCAAGCUCAAGCAAUCCAAAAACCGGCUCGCCGAAUACGAGCAGGUUCGUGCCGGCAUCGAUGUCGAACGCCAGGCACAAGCCAAGGCUCGCCAGGAGCUGGAUGAAGUGAUGGCGCAGCUGAAGCCGCUUUUCGCAAAGGAGAAUGCCAUCCGAGAGGAGCUCGACGCUUUGCGCCUCGUCCAAGACAACGGCGCAAACACAGAUGGGUUUGCGCAACGGCACAACUUGACAAAAGAAUUGAACAACCUCUAUCUUGCUCGACGAGAGUUGAACGACGAGUUUAAGCGCCGUCGCCAAGAUUGGUUUGAAGCAACAAAGGAGGAUCGGGAGCGGCAACGGAUUGAGCGCGAGGAGGAGCGUCGAAAACGCCAUCUCGAGAUUAGCGCAUUAAAGGAGGCUCGGCGAAAAGAUUUCGCUGAAGCCGAAGCUUUGCGGGACCCGUUCGAAGCUGAAAAGCAGAUUGCACAUCGAUUGAUUGGCUAUUUGACCAGCUUGUUGCCCGCGAACGCCGCACCCGCUUCCUCUCCAUCCAGCGCGAAUCCUCCACCCUCAUCCAACAAUCCGCUCAAUGUCCCAGAAGGCAGCGUGCUUCACAAGAAAAACCGAGAUGACACGGGCGGUGGCAUGUACGCCGCGUUCGGUAAAGGUUCGGCCAAACACAAGCAUCCGAAGAACUCUACUCCAUCAUUUAAUCCCAAGAAGGCUCUGACACAUGCCCUCGCCAUUCACAACGACUUUGUGAGGAUAAGGUUGAGCGCACCAGCGACUGCAGGCGACGUGGAAACCUCAAUCCAAGAGAUCCGAGCACGACUUGUCGACCUUGAUCGAGGCACUGCCGCCCAUCGUGAAAAGCAUGCAAAGGAAGCAGCAGAGCUGAAAGCGGCUGCAGAAGCGAAGGCUGCGGCGGAGCAAACGAGUUCGUCGAGCGCACAUGAGGCUGCGGCGGCUACAGAAGCCUCGCUCCCUGAGCAGGAUGGCUCUGGAACGGCCAUUUCUGAUAAAUGAAUCAACUCUACAUAUCUGCAAUGGCUUCCGCGUGUUUUGUUCAUGAAAAGAGCGCGAA